AGUAUGUCGCCGUUUCAAACACUUCCUCUGUAAAUAACCAUUUCAGUUUUGAUUCAUCCCUAUCCCAGAUAAGAUCAGGUACAUCUUUCCUUGUACAUCUUAUCAAAGAGUGCCUGACGUAAGCUGUCAUAAAACGGACAAUAAAACAUAAAUGCACACUGAAGUGUUCAACGCCACCCUGAUGAAGUGGUAUGAAGGGAUGCUGGACCUGAAAAUAGACAUGACUACACUGGACCUCCUGCAGUGUGUGAUAGUUGUUUCUCCUGAUCGGCCAAAUAUCAAAGGGCGUGACACACUGGAACAGUCGUAUGCACAGUACAUCGAGUGUCUGCGUGCUUACUGCAAAGUCGCCUACCCAGAGAGCCACUUGAUGUUUCACCGCCUGCUGAGUAAGCUGACGGAAGUUCGCACCAUUGGCACAGCCUUUGGGAGAAGCAUCAGCUCCGAGUGUGAGUCCAUCAUCAGAGAGCAUCCCCUGGUUUCUGAGAUUUGGAACCACGACUGAUGUAAGGGAUUACAAGUGUUGAAUUGAGCGGUCCUCUCAGCCUCAGAUUUAAUCCUAUCUCAGGAAAUCCUUGCUUAGCUCCUGGCAUGAUUUGACCUAAUUUCAUUAUCUGUAUCGUAAUAGAUAUGCCAAUUUUAUCUCUCAAGAUGACAACAUGACCAUAAUGUACCUUGUAACAAGAUUUUUUUCAAAUACAAAAUGUAAUGGAAUGACUACUAAAAAAAGACCUUUCCCUGUAUUUGAGUUGGCUGGGGCAAAUCUUUAAGUUGAUGGAAAGAUUGUGACUUUGCUGUAUUUCUAUUGAAGCUUUGGAACUAUUCCUGUAAAUUUGCAUUAGAUGCUGCAUUUGCCUGGAAUGAUUAAAUCCGUGUAACCUUAAAAUCAGCAUGCUUGAUUAGCAAAAUACUACUUCUAUUGGGAUUGCCACUUGUACAAAGUUUAACAGACUUCUCAACUUUCGAAGUUGAAUACAAUAUGGAGCAUAAGAUUUUACACAGUAGUCAGCGCUACGUACUGAUAAUCUGAUUGAAUUUAGACUUUAUGAAAGUUUACUGUUAGCUCUUGUGUUUUGAGGGGCUAUCUUGAGUAUUCAUAGAAAUUACAGUUUUUCUAUGUAGAAGUAUUUUUGUUUGGUUCACAUGUGAUGGCAAGACA